AAAGCCCUAAAUCAACCAAUCAUAGCUUUCUCCUUAUUCAUCAUAUCUCUCUCUCUCUCUCUCUCUCUAUCCUUCGAGCAUAUGGAUAGAAGGAUUGUUAUUUUCCAACUACAACUAUGCUGAUGAAAGGUUUUGAUUCGAGUUGCUCAUGAUUUCAACUACGCAGAUUCUUGCUCGCAGAUCAUUUGGUGGAUAAAGAGUUGAAAUGGCUUUAAUAGCCUUUCAACCACAGGGCUCGUGUGUGACAUUUUCCUCAAGGCAUAUGCCAUGGAGCAAAAGUCUGAAGUUGAAGCAGUGUUUAACAAAACAUCACAGGGUUGGAAGAACUGAUUGGCAUUACCUACUUAAGCUGGGUACUUUAAGUGUAGGGCCUUCUUACAUUUUUGGAGCCAAGAUUGAACCUUUCAGAAUCUCAGCCUUCAAAGGCAGUUCCCAUAAUUAUCACAAGGGAAGUAGACCUAGCGGAUUGAAAGUUCCUAAUGCUUAUGUUAGACUAGAAGAGAGUGGGGAGGCCAAAUCAGAACCUCCAGAGGCCCAAAAUGUUCCACUUUCUUAUGCUUCUGAAGCAAAUAACGACCUUGCAAAUGAUAAUCUCCCAACAUCAACUGCUAUUCAUAAACUUUUCAAGAAGUGGCUGACAUUAUUGCUCACACAGCCAUCAAGUGAAGAAGUGAAAGAAGUUUUGGGAGAAUCAACUCAAGGGGCUUUACCAGAAACUCUUGAUGGCACACAAGUUAAGGAAAGAGGUGAAGUUUUGAAGGUAGCAUGGACCCAUUUUCUGGCCCUGGACGAGACAAUAAAGAUUCCUUUAUUAGUAUUUAUUCCUUUUUAUUUGGCUGUUAAUGUCAGAUACGGAGCCAAAGUUUCAAAGGAAUUAACUCCUUUGUGGGUUGUGGGGCCAUUAGUUGUGGCUCUCUACGUUGUAAUAAUCCGGAAGUUAUGGUCCUUCUAUGCCUUCAGCUUCAAGCAAACUGUCAAAGUAAUUAAGAAUUUUCCCUCUUGCUGCAUUUUGGCGUACAGCUACGUUUUUGGUGUCAAGAUCAAAGAAGAUAUCCAAUCUCUUAUUUUGCAGCCUAUAUUGAGCAUAAAAGAUAUUGAUUAUAAAGAACAAUCAAGAAGAAAAUUGAAAGAACUGGAAGAAUGGAUAGUGGAGAAAUACCUUGAUUCCGUGGAAUCAAUAUGGCCCUAUUAUUGUAGGACAAUUAGGUUUCUUAAGAGGGCUAAUCUCAUUUAGAUUUGAAAUUAUUCUGAGAGUAGUCCUAGUAAUCUUCUGAGUUUGCGUUCAGAAUUUUCAAACGGAGGUGGCCAGUCCCAUUUUGUGCUGGGAUCUUGGUAUUUUAAGCGAGAAUGGUCGCGACAUUGUAUUUUAUUCUUAGACGAGGUUGUGUCUAUUUAUUGAAUUAUUACUGCUCAUUUUUUUGAGGCUGUAAGUGAGCUUGAUUUGACAACUGUUCAUCUUCAUUGAUCGUUUUCAUUUCUAUUA